GCGAAGUAUAGACACCAAAGUGAAGUAAACCACGGUUACUGGCGUUAAACUGCUUCAGAUCAGUGGAUUUUGCAUUGCGUCCAAAGAAAAUCAGAAAGAAUGUCGAAGAGGAAUCCAGGGGACGAAUAUAGAAAAGGGUCAAGUGUGUACAGAGCAGAGGACUCCAGAGGCGAUGACAGAGGAAGGGAUCGUUCUCCACUUAGGUCAGAUGAUCGUUGUGAAGCUACCAAUUACAGUCAGACUGAUGCAAAGAAACAGAAGCUGACAUUUGCAUUUGGGAAGAAAGGUGGAAUGGAACAGCAAAAGAAGGGGAUUCAAAUUAAAUUAGGAUCAACGUCUAAACCUACUGUAAAAGCAACACCAGUACAGAGGCCAACAGUAGCAUCUGUAUUUAAUGCAGAUGAAGAGGAAGAACCUGAAGAAAUGCCAGCUGAAGCAAGGAUGAGGAUGAGAAAUAUUGGUCGUGAAACACCAACCUCUGCAGGACCAAAUUCUUUUGGUAAAACAAAGCAAGGAUUUUGUGAUUCAAAAAAGAUAUUUGAAAAGACGCUCAAAAAGGCAAUGGAAGAAGCAAAUAAAUGAUUUCUUUCUUCCUAUAUUUGGCAAUUAUUGUUAAUUAUAUUAAUUUUACAUGAAAUGCAACAAUUAAUAGCGAGAUCCUUGGUAUGAUUAUAUGCAAAUAUUUUUAUCAAUUUUAUGCAGAAACUAGAUAUGAAGUUCUGCUUCGUAUUUAACAUCACAUUUUUCAGAAAUUGACUAAAUAUUAGCUACUUGUUAAUUGUAGCUAAUAUUAAGACUGCACUUAAAAUGUACCAUUUCGUUGUAUAAGUGUAAAUUAUGCGGACAUACGUAUGUACAUGUAAUCAAAUUGUGACAUGAUCCUUACAUUGUUCCAAUUACCAUUGCAUUAAUUUCAAAUUAAUUACUAUUAAAUUGAGAAAUAACUCUUUAAAGAUU